AUGACCGACUCUGUCGAGGACAUGGAGGUGACGGAGCAUUGCGACGUGGAAGAAGACCAGGAAGCGACAGAGGAAGACUCCGAGUUCACCGAAGACGUCCAGAAUCUCGCCGACGCCGAGAUCAACGAUGCAACCAUCCGGAAGUACCAGCAAGUUCAUGAGGAUGAGUUCGAGGAGCUGCGCUUGCCUGCUGCCGUGGCAGCAGAGAUACGCCAGUGUUGGCAGGACUUCCUUGCCAAGUUCACCUCUGCCGAACUUGCGGGCCUGGCCAUCUACGAUGCCAUCUUCGAAGAUGCGCCGGGCAUGCGUGUGCUGUUCACAUCCCCAAGAACAAUCUUUGCUCUGACAUUCACCAACUUUCUGAGCAACAUCUUCGCCAUGUGUAACAAUCCAUUUGCUUUGAAGUCUUCGGUGGAAACUCUCGGAUUUCAGCACCUGGAUCGCGAAGUGACUCCGGCACGGCUGGCAAUCUUCGCAGGGGCCAUCCUGAACAGCAUGGAUGCUGAGCUGGGCCGGGAAUUCGCCCCAGAGGCUCGUGCAGGGAUCGUUGCGAUGCUGAACUACAUCGGCGGUGCCAUCGUGUACUGCCGACAAGAGUUGGGCGCGCGCAUCAAGACCAUCCAGCGCAGCUGGAAGAUUGCCAACCACAGCCAUGCCGACACGCCCUCGGAACCUCCAGACGAGGCAGAGCAAGAUGAGGCAAUCGCAGUGCCGUCAGGUGACAAGGACAGGCAAAUCACGGAGGACACGGUUGCCUCCUCUGGCGAGAGGCCGGACCCGACGGCCAAGGGCAAGUCGGAUGAGGACGACACCCGAAACACGGCAGACAUCGUUGUCCUCAGCGAGGUAAAGGAUGUAAAGGUGCCCACCACAUUCAACGAGAUGUUUCUCUUCAACGCGGCUGUGAUGGGCUUCGCGGACAGCAAGUGGAUGCACGUCGUCCUUGAGCGCUUCGAUGCUAUGGCGACGAAUGUGGCCAACACCACUCGGCUCCAGGAGGAGUGUGAUGUGCUGUCUCUUCUCAUCUCCAGAUACAACAGGGGUCAGGUUGUCCUUCCGCAGUUCAAGGCAGUGAUGUUGGCUUCAUUGAGGUCAAUGGUUCCCAAAGAUUGGGACAUGGACCACGAGGUCGCGUGGAACUGGUUUUGGGAAAACAUGGAGAAGAUGCUCAAGAAGAUGAUGGGUGUGCCUCAGAGCUACACCAAAGUGCUCAAUAAGUUGCUGAGCAGCCUGGACGAGGCCAGUAUCAGUCGGACCCGACAAGUGGUCUUUCAACGUUUCUUCGAGCUUGCCCCGAGUGCCGAGAGCUUCAUGAAGCAAUCCUCCACCAGAAUGUACUACAUUGCGGACAAGAUCAUGGAGAUGACAAUUGACAUCUGCGAGAACACGCGGCACGUAGUAGACGACAUCUCAGGUCUUGGCUUGCGCCAUGUGGGAUACGGUGUGCCGACAGAGUACUUCCCACCCAUGGUCCAAGCUUACUGCGAAGCGAUCGACAACCUCUGUCAUGACAGGAUGGGGCCUGAAGCUUUCCGGUGGUCGCUGACGCUGAUCACCAAGAUCCUGACCCGCGUCAUCCUCGAAGGGUCGACAGUCGUGAUGAAGGCGAUCAACACCAAUCAGGAGUCCGCUGUUCGGCAAGCCGUGGCAGUGGCCCCGCGUGGGAAACGGGCCAUGGAGGUGCUGAGCGUCUCUGUGGGUACCCAGACGAUCUCGCCUUUGUACUGGGCCAUCGACAGCGGGAGUCUAAACUGCGCAAGGGCCAUCAUCGAGGAUUUGCUGACCAUCCGGGCCGACCGUGACGUGUACUAUUACGGUUGCGAGGCCUUGUUCACUCGCCAUCCUGAGAUUGUGCAGAAGAUGUGCACGAGCGCCCCCAGUCUGCUGAUCCCUCUCUUCGACGGUCUGGUUUGGCGCUCGCGGCUCACCAAAGAUGGCAGCCGCCGCGUGAACCUCUACAUCCAACACUUGGUGCAGGACAGCAAGGGCGCAUUCAGCCCUACACUCCAAUGGCUUGUGCAGUAUAACAACCCCAAGAUCAUGAGCCAUCUUGUUGUGGCCCUGACAACGGACCUAAUUUGGAGUCGCUUCGCAGCUUUGCACUUCCUUUGGCGAAGAUGCUACUUCCUUCUCACACUCUGCCUCUUCUUUGUGAGCCAGUCCGUCCUGAAAGAGCACACGGCCGCCGAAGAAGUGUUCGAGGCAAACGUGGCUCGUUGUGUGCUGCGGCUUUGGCUGUACAUUGCAAGCUUGUGUGGCCUGUACGGCUUCGUGAAGGAUGUUGCCAUCGAAUGCCGUCGCGGUCAGGUGAUCAGGACUUCCAUUCUGCCCAUCCCCAUUCCGAAGUCAUUCGCCUCUGCCAAAAAGCUCGGUCAGGCCGCCCUGGUCUGGGUGUUGAUGUUCAUGCUUGUCUUCGAGCCAAUCCUUCGGUGCGCUUCCACGUGGAUGGACAAAAACAGCCAGUACUUGCUCUUCACUACGCAUUGCGGAGUGGAAGAGGAGAUCCGGAUCUACUCCGUCUUCUCUGCCGUUGGCAUGGCACUGUUCUGGCUGCUCUUGACCGAUUGCACCGUCUUCUCCAUGCGGCUGUCAGCAUUCUUGUUGGUUUGCGGCUGGGUCGCCAUGGAGGUCUGCCUCUUUCUGCUGGCGCUGAUGUUUCUUAUUGUGGUCUUCUCCACGGCAUUGAGUUCCUUCCAGCACGACUUGGUGGAGUUUGAUGGUGCCACGACGUGGAUCGCUGCGCUGGUGCAAAUGGCAUUCGGGAUGUUCCCAGCCUCGGGGUUCGCCGCGACCGAGGAAGACUUUCCCAUCUUCUUGUGCCUGACCCUUUUCAUGGCACUAGCCACCAUCUUCCUCAUGAACCUCCUGAUCGCCCAGCUGGUGGAGUCCUACCGCACCAUGUUCGCCGACAUGACCGGCUUUGCUCGACUCAAUCGGGCUGGCGUGGUGGUGUCCGUGCUGGCAGAGGCUCGCACAGCUCAAUUUGCGAAGUUCCUCCGUGCGCUGAGCUUCGAAGAGCGCCUGGAAUUCAACGAAGGCGACUCAGGCCCGGCUGGGGGCAUUCAGAUUCAUGAGCCGGCGAAUGAGUUCACGGUGACAGAGGACUCCAUUCUCCGAUAUGGCGGCCCGACAGCACCGUCAGUUCCGUGGCCAGAGGACGACCGGAAGGUGGAAGAGAGCACGGAAGAGAAGCUGCAGCAUGUCGAGAACAGGCUGGCUAGCAUGGAGAAGCUGCUGACCAAGAUGGCAAAGACCAAGGGCAUCAAUGUCAAGAACGGGUCGCGCAUGCCAAGCGUUGCAAGCUCAAGAUGCUCGGACCACAGCCAGUGA